UGAGUCUCCACUGUUUUUGUGGGGAAUCUGCAACAAAAGAAGGAGUGACCAUGGCAGGAGAGAAAUGCGAGUUUGAGCAAACUUUUUCUUUUAGUCCUCUUUCUUCCAAGAAGGUCUCCUUCCUACAGGACAAAGACACUUUAGCACUAUUAAUGAAAUGGUCCAUGCUGGGGAGGAUUUCAGCUCAGUCUUACAGCUUUGACCAGAGCUUUUACCCAUACAACAGUGACAAGUUUGCACUGUGUUUCUUCAGAGAUCCUUAUGUGGCAUCCAGCUUGUCCAGAAAGAUGAAGCCUGGGGCCUGUGUGCCUCUUGACAAGCCAGUGGUGUCAGUUGAUGUGGAGCCGGUGCCGUGCACUAAGGUCUCCAUGGAGUUGUUUGACCCAAUCUACUCUUGUGGGAUCCUGAGUCCCUCUGGACAUAUAGUUAAAUGCUUUCAUGAUGUCCACCCCGACUAUGAUGAACUCAGACAGAUGUUGCAGGAAGAGGACUCUGAGCACUACUACGUGGUUGGGAAAGAGGAGCGAAGAGAGUUUCUGUUUCGCCUCUUCAAGCAUCUGUGUUUCGGAGGAGAGCUCUGUCAGUACGAAGACACCAUUGAUCCUUACAUUAGCGCCACAAAGCACAUCUACAAAGACCUGAUCAGUGUUCAGAAGGAUCCAGAGACCAAGAAGAUCAGUGUUGUCUCCACAGUCCUCAAAGUGUGUGUCUAUGAUGAGUCUGGGCAAUGUUACCCCGGACGACGAGAGGAGGAGCAGACGUUUGCCUACUUAAUUGUCGACCCCUUCAAACGGCACGUGACUUUGUUCUGCCACUGCUAUGGUGUGGGAAACUUUACGCUGUGAUAGUGAAGAAGUGGAAAUGGUCCUGGUGGACAUGUCUAUGUGCAAACACGUUCACUCUGCAGUCAGUCAAUUUGAUUAAAAUCAUUCACAUGAAGAGCACACCAGAAAACACUUGCUGUGUACCCAAUAAAUUAAAGGAGAAGGAAUUAUUAUUUUUGUUCUAUUAAAGUAUGUCAAUAAAAA